UUCUUCUCCUCCACAGUCCCCACUUCUUCAAGAUUUAAUUAAUAAAAUUAGUAAAAAUGAAAUAAAACAUAAACUCUCUCUUCUCACAAAGACUAUCUCCCUCUCUGUUUGUCAAUGUCAAACGGAGAUGACUGUUAACGGUAACGGAUUUUAAUGACGGAAGUUUACCGAAGGAUGUUAAACGACGAUGGAGAUGAUUCACCGGAGAAAUGCAGGGAGCGCAGAAGGAGGAGAAUCGAGAUGAGGCGUCUCGCCUCUGGUGGUUCUUCUCAGCCGAUUGAUCCUCUGACUUCAAAAGAGAAGAAACAGGCGGCGGCGGGGGAGAGCUCGAGUUCAACUUCCUCGGAAGGAAAACGGGUUGUGGAGACGGUUUGUGAAAUUCCGGUGGCGGAGCCGGUUUUUGGGAGCAUGUCAGUGUCAGGAAGGUCACGUGAGAUGGAGGACGCGAUUUCUGUAAGGAUUAACCUUUUCCAGUCGGAGGUUACCCGCCGGAGACCGGUGCAUUUCUUUGGUGUUUUUGACGGUCAUGGCGGUGCUCACGUGGCAGCAUUAUGCAGGGAAAGGAUGCACGUGUUGAUAGAGGAAGAACUGGCACGCGUGGACUCAACACGCGUGAGUAGUGAGAGUGGGGGUGGUGGGGCUGAAUGGGAGGAAAUGUGGAGGGGAGUGAUGAAGAGGAGCUAUGAGAGGAUGGAUGUGGUGGCAAUGGGCACGUGCGCAUGUGGGAGUGAGUGGUUCAAAUGCGGGUGCCACCCGAUGCAGAUGGCACUCGGAGGGUCUACAGCGGUCGUAGCUGUUUUAUCCCCAGAGCAUAUAAUCGUCGCUAAUUGUGGCGACUCACGCGCCGUCCUAUCGCGAGGCGGGAGGGCCAUUCCCCUUAGCGUUGAUCAUAAGCCGGAUAGAUCGGAUGAACUUGCAAGAAUUGAAGCUGCUGGAGGCCGAGUGAUCUUCCUGAAUGGAGCUCGAGUUGAAGGCAUUCUUGCUAUGUCUCGAGCAAUAGGGGACAAAUAUUUAAAGCCAGUUGUAAUAUCAGAGCCUGAGAUUACUUUUACAAAAAGAGAACCAGAAGAUGAAUGCUUAAUCCUUGCUAGUGAUGGCUUAUGGGAUGUCUUGUCAAGUGACUUGGCUUGUCAGGUAGCAUGCGAAUGCCUCCGAGAAAAAAAUCCUCCUGCCAAGGCCGGGCCUCAGAUUGAAGAAGAAGGUGCUGGAGCAUUGUACCCAUCUCGAAGCAUGUUGGCUGCUGCACUUCUUACUCGCCUUGCUCUAGGACGGAGAAGCGCCGAUAACAUCAGUGUCAUUGUUGUUGAUCUCAAGAGGAGCUGAGGGUAAGAUAGGGGAAUCAUCCAAUUUUGAACUGAACUCUGUACAUCUCCUAGAAAUCAACAUGCACAGACAAGGUUCUAUUGGAGAAUAACAUCUUUAUAUAAACACAGAGAGCAUCAAAUGGAUUAUGGUUUUAGUUACUUCAUGGAAGGAGAUUUACUGUUGCCUAAACUAUUUUUGCUGCUUUGUUCUUCCACAGAGUGCGCCCAUGCAGGGUGCCCAUCUGCACAAAUGACAGGAUAACAUUGGUCAAUGUCUAUGAUUAAGAUAUUUUUGCUUUCUUAA